AAACUCAUUAGGAAUCAGAGAUUGGAGUUAGUUAGGUAGUAGUAAAGGGAGAGAGUGAAGUAAAAAAUAUAGGUAAUGGAGAUUAAUUAGAGAGUUGGUUUGACUCUCCAAAUCUAAAACUCGUUUUGACCAUCAUCUUCUUCUUCUUCUUCUUCUUCGCCUUGUGUGUUACAUUCUCGAGAGAGAGAGAAAAAAGAAAAAAAAGAAGAAGAAGAGAAAAGCCAAAAAUAGAGAGAUAGAGAGAGGCAGAGAAACAAAAUCUUGAAAUUGUUGAUCUUGCCUUCGAAAUCGGAGAAGCCUAUAAACGCUCUCACCAAACAAACGAAUCCAUCAGAAGAAAGAAGAAGAAAGAAGAAGAUUGUGUUGGAUCUGAGAGAGAAGAAGCAAUUAAAAAAUGAAGCAUCUUGAUGAUAUCCCAUCGACGCCAGGCAAGUUCAAGCCCUACUUCCACCGUACGCGGUGGCAAUCUUCCGUGGCCAAGCUCGCCUUUUGGUCUCUCGUCUUCGUUGGUUUGAUCUUCAUCUUCUUCUACCGAUCUCCCCUUGUUUCCGAUGACCCCACUUCUACUUCUCGCCGUUCCCUCCGCACCUACUCCUGGGGUGGCCCCGCUUGGGAGAAACGCGUCCGAUCCUCCGCCCGUCUCCGCUCCCGCCGCGGUUUCUCUGUUCUCGUCACCGGCGCCGCCGGUUUCGUCGGUACCCAUGUCUCCUCCGCUCUCAAACGCCGCGGUGACGGCGUCCUCGGUCUCGACAACUUCAACGAUUACUACGAUCCCUCCCUCAAGCGUGCUCGCCAAGCCCUUUUGGAGAGGAGCGGUGUCUUUGUUGUCGAAGGUGACAUCAAUGACGCUGCUCUCUUGAAGAAGCUCUUCGAAGUCGUCCCCUUUACCCACGUUAUGCAUCUCGCCGCUCAAGCUGGUGUCAGGUACGCCAUGGAAAACCCUAGCUCCUAUGUCCACAGUAACAUCGCCGGCUUCGUCAAUCUCCUCGAGGUUUGCAAAUCCGCUAACCCCCAGCCCGCCAUUGUCUGGGCCUCCUCUAGCUCUGUCUAUGGCUUGAACACUAAGGUCCCCUUCUCCGAGAAAGACCGCACCGAUCAGCCUGCUAGUCUCUAUGCUGCUACUAAGAAAGCUGGUGAAGAGAUUGCUCACACUUACAACCACAUCUACGGACUCUCUCUCACUGGCUUGAGGUUUUUCACCGUCUACGGUCCUUGGGGUAGACCUGACAUGGCCUAUUUCUUCUUCACCAGAGACAUCCUCAAAGGCAAACCCAUUUCCAUCUUUGAGGGUGUCAACCAUGGUACCGUCGCCAGGGACUUCACUUACAUUGAUGACAUUGUCAAGGGCUGUCUCGGGGCUUUGGACACUGCCGAAAAGAGCACUGGCACAGGUGGUAAAAAGCGCGGUGCCGCCCAGUUAAGGGUUUUCAAUCUCGGCAACACUUCCCCUGUUCCCGUCACUGAUCUCGUCACCAUUCUCGAGAGACUUCUCAAACUCAAGGCCAAGAGGAACAUUAUGAAGUUGCCUAGGAACGGGGAUGUUCCUUUCACCCAUGCUAAUAUCAGUUCCGCCCAGAGAGAGCUCGGGUACAAACCCACCACCGAUCUUCAGACGGGUCUUAAGAAGUUUGCCAGAUGGUAUUUGGGCUACUACAAUGGCGGAAAGAAAGCUGCUAGUUGAUCCUUGAUUGAGUUUGUAGCUUCUUUUUUUUUAUUUAUUCUGAGAUUCUUGCGAUUGUUUCACGUUUUAACACUUGCUCUUUUCUUGGUUCUUUGGCGGCUGGCUUGGCUCAUACCCCCCUGUCUUCUCCAUAUAUGUUUUUGUACUCGAAAACGAUUUAUACUCUCCAUAAGAACCAUAAAUUUGAGAUUACAUUCUUUGUCA